AUGCGCCACAUAAAUUCCCGUAUAAGGAGGCGGCUGUUCACAGAAGAUGUUACAGAAGAAGCAAGAAGAGAUAAUACAGCUAACAUUCUUCUAGAACUAAUUAAAAUGGACCAAGAGAAGAACAAAAAGAAAUAUAACUUUGACUUCAAGAACGAAGUACCCUUAGAAGGGGCUUACGAAUGGACAAAAGUCGAUGGCUAUUUCGACUGGGCUGGUGAAAAUAAAACGCACAUUGAAAACGAAAUUCCAGGUGAAAAAACUAGUAUAGAUAUAAAAGAAGUUAACGAAGCAACUCCCAGAAUGAAAACAGAAGAAAAACAACCGGCUUUAAGAAAAAGAAGAAUAGAUUCGGAAUGUAACUUCGAUAAUGCUGUGAGGCGUAAGAUCGAUUUUUAA